AUGGAUUUGGCGGCCAGGAACCAGCCAACCUCCAUCCCGCUUCGCUGCAAUCUUUGUCCGAAGAAACCCAAUUUCUCUGAUUUAUCCCAUCUUUUGACCCACAUCUCUUCAAAGAGUCACCUUGCACACCGCUUCAAGGUCGAGCUCAAAGCUCGGACGGAUCGCCAGGCGUACGAAGAUGUGCGGGAAUACGACGAAUGGUGUGAGCGUUAUGGUAUCAAUGCCUUGCUCGCUGACCGCAUGGCGGCAAAGGAACAGAAGAAGAACCCUAACAGCAAACGCGUCCGGGGUGCCAAUCAGACCCAGCGUGGCUCCCUUGAUGCCUCGUCGAGCCGCCAGUCCUCAGUCAAGCAUGACCCAGAGGACAAUGCAGCCACUUGGGGCUAUGCUCCUGGUCACUCCAUGAAUGCAGGCCAAGGAUAUGGUAAUGUCCCUGGCUUCCAUUCCCAAGGCAUCAAGCGCACUCGGUCGGAUUGCUCGAACCCCAGCACUCCUCGUCAGGGUCAGUACAGGAGAUGGCCCUCAGAGACAGAAACCACAGAUAGUGUCAUUGUGUCUGAGGAGGUCUCGGAGACCAAUGACUUCCCCGAGGAUGAGUUGGACAGCAGCAAGUUGAAGGGUGUGCGCUACCCUGGUAUGGGUUUGUUUGACUCUGCCGACGAGACUCAACGGAGGAUGCGCAACCAACGCAAGGAUGACUCCGUCCUGAAGCAGAUGGAGCAGUCUUCGGCUGUCAUUGAGCCCAAUGAGUUUGUCUGGAAUGAAGACGGCGAGUUCCAGCGUGUCCGCGAUAUCUACGCGAGCCCGUCUAUUGAGGGCAGUCCGGACCGGAAGUUCGAAGAGGACGACAACCGCAAGCGAAAGAAGGUCCGCGUUUCGGCCCACGCCCAAGCGGCUGAGGCCUCUCGUCAGAGACAGUCCACGACCAGGAUUACGCGCCAGACCGCGGCUCGCUACAAGAACGGAGGCGAUGGCUUGUUGCUUGACGAAGAUGAUGAGUCCAGGAACUCAGCUCAUGGUCAUAGUACGAUUGAGACCUUGGACAUCUUCCGUGACUCCCCGAAUCCCAAUCCUGGUCCUGCAGAUGGCGCUUUCAGGGACACUGGCUUCGAGCUUCGUCGCCGCCCUGCAUUGCAAAAUCUGGAUUCGAACAACAUGAUCUCGCAGAAGACCUCCAAGCCCCAUGGCUACUUUCACGGCCGAGACAACACCGCUGCAUUUGCCCAGCAGCGUCAGCUUGCCAACGGCCAUUUCUUUCAGCAUCAGCAUGGCAUGGGUGGUGGCACCUUUAACCCUCUGUGCCAGAACAGGCCGCCCAUCUCGUCUGGUUUCCAUUACUUAGGAUACGUCAACAUCAACGACCUCCCUCCCUUCUUAAGCGAGACCAAGGCUUCUACGCCUAAUUUCCAGAUGGGCAGCAUGGGUAUCAACUCGAUGGGCUAUAAUGCCUUCACCAGUUCCUACGCGACGGAUCAGGCUCAUGAUCGGGUGGACCAGGAGUUCGACCUUUGA